UCUGACAGUCAGCAGCCUUGUGUUUGGGUUUGAACGACCCUUCUUCUUCUCUAUUUAACCCAUAAUCACUCGAUCUCACUCUCAUUGCUUUCUAAUUCUACUGCACAACCAAUUUACAGCCAUGGCCUCCAUGGCCUGCUUUUCUUUCCUUUCUCUCCUCCUAGCCCUCUCCUUCUCCGCCACCGCCAAGCAAGUCUACAUAGUCCACAUGAAACACAACACCAAGCCUCAAUCAUUCGCCACCCACCACGACUGGUACACUUCUAGCCUCAAAUCUAUCACUUCCACCUCUGACUCCCUUCUCUAUGCCUACACCACCGCAUUUCCUGGAUUUGCUGCCUUCCUUGACCCCCAGGAGGCCGACUUCCUUAGAAACUCCGAAGCCGUUCUUGAUGUCUAUGAAGACACUGUCUACUCUCUUCACACCACUCGCACCCCUGAAUUUCUUGGUCUCAACACUGAUUUGGGCCUGUUCGAUGGGCAUAACACUUUAGAUAUCGAUCAAGCCUCUCAUGAUGUUAUCAUUGGGGUGCUUGACACUGGGGUUUGGCCCGAGUCUAGGAGUUUCGAUGACACGGGUAUGCCUGAAAUCCCAACUCGGUGGAAAGGUGAGUGUGAGUCUGCUGCAGAUUUCAAUGUUAAACUCUGCAACAAGAAGUUGAUUGGAGCUCGUUAUUUUUCAAAGGGCUACCAUAUGGCAACUGGAGGUAGUUACUUGAAGAAGCCUAAAGAGAUCGAGUCUCCUCGUGACCAAGACGGGCAUGGAACUCACACCGCCAGCACAGCCGCCGGGUCUCAAGUGGCCAAUGCUAGUUUGCUAGGCUACGCCAGUGGCACCGCCCGUGGGAUGGCCACGCACGCGCGAGUCGCGAGUUAUAAGGUGUGUUGGAAUACUGGUUGUUUUGGAUCCGACAUCCUCGCAGGCAUGGAUCGGGCCAUUGAAGAUGGUGUGGACGUGCUCUCGCUUUCUCUUGGUGGCGGAUCCGUUCCGUAUUACCGCGAUACCAUUGCCAUUGGAGCUUUUGCUGCAAUGGAGAGGGGAAUUUUCGUCUCUUGCUCCGCCGGUAACAGCGGACCCAAUAAAGCCACUUUGGCUAAUGUGGCUCCUUGGAUCAUGACCGUUGGAGCUGGAACUCUGGACAGGGAUUUCCCGGCUUACGCUCUGUUGGGUAACAAUAACCGGUUUACUGGCGUUUCUCUCUAUAGUGGAACGGGAAUGGGGAAUAAACAGUUGGGCUUGGUUUACAACAAGGGAAACAUUUCAAGCAAUUUGUGUUUGCCCGGUUCUCUCGAACCGGCUUUCGUUCGUGGGAAAGUGGUGGUUUGCGAUAGAGGAAUAAACGCCCGAGUAGAAAAGGGUGCGGUUGUCCGUGACGCUGGUGGGAUUGGGAUGAUACUGGCAAACACAGAGUCGAGCGGUGAGGAAUUGGUGGCGGACAGCCAUUUAUUACCGGCAGUGGCGGUGGGGAGGAAGGCGGGUGAUAUGAUUAGGGAGUAUGUAAAGACCCAUCAAAAUCCAACUGCUUUGUUGAGUUUUGGUGGGACCGUUUUGAACGUGCGGCCGUCGCCGGUGGUUGCGGCGUUCAGCUCUAGAGGUCCUAAUCUAGUGACACCGCAAAUCUUGAAGCCUGAUCUGAUUGGCCCUGGAGUCAACAUCCUUGCUGCAUGGUCAGAGGCUGUAGGACCCACUGGCUUGGAGACGGAUAGCAGGAAGACUCAAUUCAACAUUAUUUCAGGAACAUCCAUGUCUUGCCCACAUAUUAGUGGAGUAGCUGCAUUGCUCAAGGCUGCCUACCCAAGGUGGAGCCCAAGCGCAAUCAAGUCGGCCCUCAUGACCACCGCCUACGUCGUCGACAACACCAAUUCCCCCUUGCGGGAUGCUGGGAGCGUUACUGGUGCGCUUUCCAACCCUUUUUCUCAUGGUUCUGGCCAUGUCGACCCACACAGAGCUCUCUCUCCGGGCCUCGUCUAUGAUAUCUCAACUGACGAGUACGUAACAUUCUUGUGCUCGCUUGGUUAUUCCAUUGAUCGUGUUCAAGCCAUUGUUAAGCGUCCUAACGUUGCUUGUUCGAGGAAAUUCAACGACCCAGGUGAGCUCAAUUACCCAUCAUUCUCGGUGGUGUUUGCGAACAAAAGGGUUGUAAGGUAUACCCGAGAAUUGACCAAUGUGGGGGAGGCAGGGUCUGUAUAUGAAGUGGCUGUGACUGCGCCACCUGCGGUGGUGGUGAAAGUGAAUCCCACCAAACUUGUGUUCAGAAAUGUAGGAGACAAAGUUAGAUACACAGUGACUUUCGUGGCAAAGAAAGGUGUAAACCAGGCUGAUAGGUAUGAAUUUGGUUCAAUAGCAUGGAGAAAUGCACAGCACCAAGUGACAAGCCCAAUUGCCUUCGGUUGGAGGCAGCUGUGAGCUCUUUUUUGAACUUGUUAGUUUGUUCAAAAUGGGUUUUCGCUUGUUGGGCCUUUGCUCAAGAAAGAGAGCUUCAGAGAGUCGCAGAUCCAUGGGAGAAAAACUAGAGUUUGGACUUGUUUUAUGUUUUUUUUGGCGUUUCGCCAUUAGAAAUAGACAACUGGAUAAGCCAUAAGGUUUAUUUAUUAAUGUAUGCUUCCAAAACUAACGUAAUGGAAUGGCAUACAAUUUAUUAGUGGAA